AUGAUCUACGACAGAAAGUCGUUGUCGUACGAAGGGGUCCAGACUAUUGAGGAGGGAGGGAGUCUGCACAAACAGGCGUCCUCUGUGUCCUCCGUACCUCCAACACGCGCGCAACGGCGAAACAGGAUAUGGACGGCCCACGCGCUUAUGUUCGGCACAUUCCUGCUAGCGGCGGCUGUCUGCGUCGCGCAUCAUGUCUUUCUGCAUGUGUUGAAUGGGAGGGACGUCGAUAGUUUCGCCAUAUCGCAGACGUGGGUGCGGGAUAUAGGCAACGCUUUCGCGUGGGUGGCACAUUGGCUGCUACAGAUCUCGGUCGGGGUGGCUUUGACGCAAAGCAUAUGGCUAUACGUCCGGAGGAACCGCGUCACUUUAAACAACCUCGACGUCCUGUUCGCCCUCCCAGCGUUCGCGACUAUACCAUCGACACUCUUCAGCAGCAGCGUACUCUAUGUACUCAUACUCGCGGCCAUCAUCCAGGCGUUUUCCCUCGUCGGUAUCUUCGCGCCCAGUGCCAUGUCCGUCGUAUCCGCCAGCGCCAUUACAGCGAACCUACGCGUACCCAUAACCUCCCUCGAUCGCAUACCCGCAACCGCAAGCUCGUACUUCUUGCAGUCCUCUGGGUCCGGCGACUUCUAUUACAUGAACCCCUCUUCGAACUUCCAGCGGCUCGCUCGUGGUGUGUUGGACGGCAGCACUAUCUUCCCGUGGACCGCUCCAUCAGAAUGUGGUCGGGGGUGCUGGUACGAAGUCGAGUACUGGGGUCCUGCUCUCAAGUGUACGGACAUCCCACAGUCAUCCAUCGAAGUAUUCAACACGAACUUCACAACGUUCAACGCCGCCAAAGCGGCGCUCGCUCCGGGCAUCCAGGUCUCCAACCCCACCCACUAUAUAGAAGGCGCGUACGCAUACAACGCGACGACUAGCUUCGGCUACGGAACGACAUGGACCGAUGAAUUAGUCCCUAUCUUCCAGUCGUAUCCCUACGGCUUACCGUUCUCCCUCGACGUCGUCUACGCCAGGAACAACUUCACGUUACCGUUCAAGCUCAGCGAUCCGGUGUACUACAACAUGACCGGCUACACCUGCACCUUCCACAACGCCUCGUAUACUGCGUCCAUCAAGUACUACAACGGCAGUCAGACAACUACGGUGCGCGUGAAGGAGUACGGCGAGCAGCUUGGACCAGUUCCGGAUCCUGGAGUAGCAAAGGCCGAAUAUGUCAAUGGGAACAACGCGACGUUCCAGUCGACAUAUGCCGCGAUUGGCCUUGCGAGCGCUAUGUCGCAAUACGUCUAUGGGACCAUGGCGUUCUCGACGAACUCGGCGAAUGAUGAGCCAGCGCUGGCCCCUGUAUACACGAGCAUGCUUAGCUCGGUGCUUACGACACCCACGAGCUUCGACAACGGGAUGAACAAGCUCUCCCUCGCGCUCGUCUCGCCCUACUACGAUAACCUCGCCCGACUGCUGGAAGACGCAUGUACGAACUUGACGGCGUCGCUUAUGUCCGAUACCGCCGAUCUCGGAUUAUACACCCAAGUAGACGCGACCGUCGUACCGGAUCACAACGUAUACCGCUACCAAGCGCCGCGAUUGUGGCUCGUAUACGGUAUAGCCCUCGGCGCCGCGCUGAUAGCCGACAUAUACGGACUAUACUGCGUGCAGAAAAACGGGCGGGCGAUGCAGUGCUCGUUCUCGUCUAUCGCUGCGUCGGUUAGGAAUCGCGACUUGGACGUGUUGUUGAAUGAGCCGGGGGAACCGUUGCCGAAGAGGGCGGAGAAGGUUGGGUUGAGGUAUAGGGAUGGUGGAGGUGGGGGUGGAGGAGGCGAGAAGGCGGGGUUCCUGUUUGCAGAGGGCGGGAGGGUGUAUGGGGAUGAUGUUGAGAUGUCGGAGAGGGCGGCUCUGAAAGACGGAGAUGGGUUCUGA